AUGUGUUCCGAAAUGCCGAAAGAAUUUCAAAAGACAACUGAAGUUUUACCUUUCACGAAAUACGGACUAUCAACAUCAGAAGAAUUUCGUAAAGUCGAGAAAGAUAUUCAGCAUUUGGAAUGGUUAAAAAAGGUCGGCUUAACAAAUGACGAGAUAAAACUAUACGAAGAAAACGAGGCAGGCCUCUUAGAUCAACGGAAGAAGGUUGAAUCCAGUGUUUUGAAGUCGAAAUUGGAAGGACUCUAUAAUAAAAUUAAUGAAUUUCAAAAUUCUUCAGGAAGCUGUCAAGAAAGCAAAAACGCUGCUGGCUCUGCAAAUCAACCAGCCGAUGAUAUAAUCAACAGAAUACAUAAACACCCACUAAAAUUCUAUCCAGAAGGACAUCCUAUGAAUGAACUUAAGGAAAUCGAAGAAGAUUUGUUCGGUCAUUUAAACAAUGAUAAUCUCAUUCCUAUUACAAAAAGACGUAAGAUUUUACGACGUCUAGAACGUAAAAAAGAGAAAGUUAUGUUACAACAAAAAGACCCCGGCAUCAAACCCAUCGAUCCCACACCAGGUCCGUCAAAAGUAAAGCAAGGAAGUUUAUGGGAUGUUAAAGAUAUAUCAGGAAAACGACCAAAGUCACACCAGGAUGUAAUAGGACCUAAGCAAAACACAAUGUACACAGUUAGAGACGAUAAAAUAGUCAGGUUGGAGCCAGUGCAGAAUGAAGAAGGCGAUCAAGAGUAUAAGGCUGUCGAUAUUGUAGUUCCAGUAAAUGCAGCUGAGGAACAACUUCUAGAAGGUACUAAGAUGUGCUUGGAUGAUAUUAAGAAGAUUGAAAGGUUCAAGGACUAUGAGCCAGGAAUACCUUCUAAAGUACUAUUCCUUAAAAAUAUUUCACCAUCAGUUUCACAAGAGCAGUUGAUGCUGCUCUUCAAUCAGUUUCAUUUGGAGAACGGAGGCCCUGUGGAUUUAAGACUGAUGACAGGAAGGAUGCGAGGCCAGGCCUUUGUCACUUUCCAAAAUGAGGACUUGGCCAUACAGGCUUUAGAGGAAGUAAAUGGAACAAUCAUGGAUGGACGUCCAAUAAUAGCUGAGUUUGGAAGAAACAGCAACAGAAUCGUAAUGGAGGAGAAUAGAUAAACAACUAUAAUUUAUAGUUUUAUUAUCUUUCUAAGUGUACCUACUCUUAGAAACUAAUUUAUAUUAAGUGAUAAAUAUAUACUUUUAUCCUAAGUAUAUUAAAUGUAAAUAAAGUAUUAUUCACAUUAGAAUAACAUAGUUAUAAAAAAAUAUAUUAUAAUCAUGCUCGUAAAAUCAUUGAUGUUAAGUCAGAUGUCUAGGUGUUUACAUUUUUCUAAUAUUAAUAGUUUUCAAGUAAAUGGUAUGUCACUGUGAAAUUACCUGUAUGUCUAAUAUUAACUGGAUUUUCUUAAAUUAAGAAUAUGUUACAGACUAACUGAAGUACACAUUUAUUAAUUCCUUA